CGGUGAUGGCGGUGCGUGAACGCGCGGUGGCAGCAAUGGCCGCUCUGGAGCGGCGAGUGCCGAGUCUCGAUGACUUCGCGGGACAGAGCUGGAGCUCGUGGGUGGAACGGGCCGACCUGCAUGCGGCAGAUGAAACUGAGGUACAAGGGCAACCUCUGGACAAAGCCCCCCUAAGAAGGGGAGGGGCUUGCGUAGCUGAUCAAGGAGACUUUGAAGAUGCCAAAGGGUCCAAAGGCAGCAGUUUCUCUAUUCUAUGGCCAUCCUAUCAGUGCAGGACCUGAGAAGCUGAGUGUAACUUUGAUGAUACUAUGGGGCUGAGCUGGAGGAGAGUAGCAAAAACAUGAAGAAGUUGGACGCCAUGACCCUCAUUAAAGAAGACAUGUCCAUCUUCGGGCACUGCCCUGCCCAUGACGACUUCUAUUUGGUUGUGUGUAACCACUGCAGCCAGGUGGUGAAGCCUCAAGCCUUCCAGAAGCAUUGCGAAAGAAGACAUGGGCCCCUCAGCAAGCUUUAUGCCCGGGCCCCACCCCCACCUCCAGCCCCUGCCAGCUCUCAGAAAUGCCAUGUAGUGAAUGGGCAGGGCCCAGCUUGUAGAGCCCCAGGUUCUACCAAAACCUCCUCCAGGGAGAAGGGCCAGGGGUCCCGGAGCCGUGGCCAUCAGCCUCCUGAGAAGACCCAGAAGGACAACCUCUGCCUUUUCGUGCCUGUGGUGAAUCUGGAGAAGAUGUCCAGUCUCCCGAAGCCUGAUGGACAAGGAGUCAGGGUGGCUCCACCCUCUGCUUUCCUCAGUCAGCCAGGAGGCCUCCCCAAGGACUCCCCUGGAAAAGUCCCCACGGCCCCCUCUCCUAAAGAUCCUCCUGGCAGAGAGAACAUCGAGUUAAUCCCUGGUGAGGGCUCCAAUCACCGGGCCGAAGGCAGCCCCCCGGAGAAGGAGCCCAGUGGAGCCAGGCUGCCUCCUAAAACCCACCGAAAGAUGGCUCGUAAAGAGUUUGACCUCAACAGGCAGUGUGGGGUCAUAAAUCCAGAGACCAAGAAGAUCUGUACGCGACUGUUGACCUGCAAGAUCCACUCAGUGCACCAACGCAGGGAGGUCCCAGGCAGGACCAAGGACUUUGAUGUGCUCGUGGCUGAACUGAAAGCCAACUCUCGCAAAGGAGAAUCUCCCAAGGAAAAGAGCCCGGGACGAAAAGAACCGACUCUCGAGCGCCCCUCCCAGGAGCUUCCCUCCGCCAUCCAGGGUGCAGCGGUAGCAGCUGCCCCCAUCAGCACCUCUGCUCGUUCUAAGCAGGCCUAUCCAUACUGUGCACUUCCCAGGUCCCAGGCCUCCUCUGAGAGUGAGGUGGAUGAUGAAGGUCCCUGUGGUGGUGAUGGGGAUCCAGGCCUGUUCCCUUUCCCUCUGCCCCGGGGUGGGGCCCAGGCCUCCAGCGAGGAGAGUGAGGAGGAGGGGACAUCUGAUGACCUCCACCUUUCCCCUGACUGCCAUUAUGCAACCCGGCCUCCUAGGCCACAGGCGUUUUGCACCUUUGGGAGCCGGCUGGUGAGCCCAGGAUGCUACGUGUUUAGCCGCCGGCUAGACCGGUUCUGCUCGGCACUCAGCUCCAUGCUGGAACGGCAUCUCAGCUCACACAUGUGGAAGAAGAUCCCACCAGCGGCUGAACCUCCAUCCCAUCUUGUCAGUCCCUCCUUAGCUGAUCCCCUGAGUCCAUCCUCUAUGGGCAGCUGCCCCCGACUCCCAGGCCCAUCCCCCCGACCUGCCUGCCCAGCCUCCAUACCCCCCAUGAAGGACAGCCUUGUCCCUAACUACCCUGCAGGCUCCCCCAGUGUAGCAGCUGCCUGUAGCCAGGCAGAGUGCAUGGGCGGUAGCCAGGCUAUUACCUCACCACUGCCUGCCAAUACUCCGUCUCCGUCCUUCAGCAAGCUGCCACCUUCCAAGGCCAGCAAGUCGUCCAAAAGCAAGGAAGGGGUGGAGAUGGAGGCCCCUUCUCGAAAGCGGAAGUUAUCCCCUGGCCCUACCACUUUCAAACGGACCUGCAUCCUGGAGCCUGCUGGAAAAGGCAAACCCUCUGGCUGUCGGGGUCUCUCAGCCAAGACUAAAACAACCCUGAGCAUGGGGCUUAAUGGAACAGUGGGGCCGAGAGUGAAAAGAGCAGGUCCCCUGGACUGUCGGGGUUCCCCUCACUCAUCCCCCAUACCAGUCAAGGCUUCUCAAAUAGAGAACCGGGGAGCAGCUGGACACCCAGCUAAGGUCCUGCCAACCAACUGCCUCUCCGAGGAGGAGGUAGCCAAGAAGCGGAAAAACCUGGCCACUUACUGCCGGCCAGUCAAGGCCAAGCACUGUCAGGCGGGUGUCCCUCCUGAUGGGACCUGCUCUGUUCGUCGUAGGAAACCAGGUCCAGCCCUGCCCUUUGAGGAGAAGUGCUCUACACUGAAGUCAAAAGCCCAUUAACGAGAAAGUGCCUGCCCACUGCAACGGAGCCGCCAGCACCUCCUCCCCUCCAGAUCCGGGCCCCAGGCUGCUGCCGCUUUUUAUAACUUUAUAUUAUUUUUUUUAAGAAAAAAAAAAACUCUUUA